AUGUGCCCCUUCAAGCCUUUGUAUGGCUAUGAUCCACCUCAUCUUGCUUUUCCCUCAACAACCACCACAUCUGUCAAAGCUGUUGAAGAUUAUUUGAAGCAGAGAGAUUCUACUUUGGAUAUUCUCAAGAAGUCACUACACAAGGCUCAAGAACGGAUGGUGCACUAUGCCAAUGAAAAUAGGAUUGAUAGGUCUUUCCAAGUAGGUGAUGCAGUCUACCUCAAACUCCAACCCUACAGACAAUCUUCAAUAGCACUUAGAAAAAUUUUGAAGCUCUCUGCCAAAUACUAUGGCCCAUUCUUGGUCAUUAAGAAGAUAGGUGCAGUGGCUUGCAAGCUUCAACUGCCUCUUAGCUCCAGGAUACAUCCUGUUUUUCAUGUCUCCCAGCUGAAGAAGUGCAUCAGCAAGACACACACUCCUUCCACUGAGUUACCAGUUGUGGAUGAUGCAGGACAGAUUCUUCUUCAUCCAGUUGCUAUCCUUAACACUAGAAGCAUCACCAGACAUGGCAGACCUGUGGAACAAUUACUCAUACAAUAG